CGGGGGGGGCUCCGGCCGACUUAUUAGCGCCCCGCGGGUCGCCGGCUGCGAGCAGACGACCGCUCGGCGAGCCACAGGAGCCGGCGAGCGGCCCACUCCUCCCACCCCUCCGCCUGCCUCCUCCCCUCCGGCUCCUCCCGCCCCCACCUCGGAGCGAGCCGCGGAGGCGCCUGGCUCUUUCUCCCGCUCCCGCUCGCUCGCCCGUCUCUCUCGCUAAUACUUCCCCCUGCCGUGCUCCCGGGGACCCAAGCAUUCUCAGCGCUCACCUUAGGGACCCACGGUGCGCGAAAAGCCUAGAAAAAAAGCCGCUGCGGACAGAGAUAGUUGGAAGCCCCUCGUCCCUCCCGCCCGCCUCUGCCGGCGCAGCCCGUGCCCGCUCGCAGCACCUUCUGUCCUGAACACUCUGGGAGGACGGGGUGAGAAGGUGAAGUGGAAAGAACUGCAGAGCCGAGGGGGCCAGGCUCAGAGCUCAGAUUUCAUUUUCAUUGAAGCCAAGCACGGAAGAUCAGUUUUUUGUGUUUUUUUUUUUUUUUUUUAAAUUCUGCAUUUUUUCCCCCCCCCUUUUUUCCAAGAAACUUACUUUGGCGGGGGGGAAGGUUUUGCUCUGGGCAUUUGCUUUGCCCAGCGGUUGAAAAGUGAACUGGACUCGGGAUGGUUCUCCUGUCACUUUGGUUGAUAGCAGCCGCUCUGGUAGAGGUUAAGACUUCAGCUGAUGGACAAGCUGGUAAUGAAGAAAUGGUGCAAAUAGAUUUGCCAAUAAAGAGGCAGAGAGAGUAUGAGCUGGUGACUCCCGUCAGCACAAAUUCUGAAGGACACUAUCUCUCCCACAUUCUUUCUGCAAAUCACAAAAAGAGGUCAGCAAGGGACGUGUCUUCCAGCUCUGAGCGAUUGUUCUUUAACAUCACGGCGUUUGGAAGAGAUUUUCAUCUGCGACUGAAGCCCAACACUCAGCUGAUAGCUCCUGGUGCUGUGGUGGAAUGGCAUGAGGCAUCUCCGGUGCCUGGGAAUAUAACCGACCCCAUUCAUGCUCAUCAACCAGGAAGAACUUCGGAGAGAAUCUGGAAAACAGAGCCUUUGCAGACCGACUGUGCUUAUGUUGGUGAUGUCAUGGACAUUCCAGGAACCUCUGUUGCCAUUAGCAACUGUGAUGGUCUGGCUGGAAUGAUAAAAAGUGAUAAUGAUGAGUAUUUCAUCGAACCCUUGGAAAGAGGUAAGCAGAUGGAGGAAGAAAAAGGAAGGAUUCAUGUUGUCUACAAGAGAUCAGCAGUAGAACGGGCUCCCAUAGACAUGUCCCAAGACUUCCACUACAGAGAGUCGGAUCUGGAAGGCCUUGAUGAUCUAGGUACUGUUUACAGCAGCAUUGACCAGCAGCUGAAUGAAACCAUGAGGCGCCGCAGACACGCAGGAGAAAAUGAUUACAACAUCGAGGUUCUGCUGGGAGUGGAUGACUCUGUGGUCCGUUUCCAUGGCAAAGAGCACGUCCAAAACUACCUCCUCACCCUGAUGAACAUUGUGAAUGAAAUUUACCAUGAUGAGUCCCUGGGAGUGCAUAUAAAUGUAGUCCUGGUGCGCAUGAUAAUGCUGGGUUAUGCAAAGUCCAUCAGCCUCAUAGAAAGGGGAAAUCCAUCCAGGAGCCUGGAGAACGUGUGUCGCUGGGCUUGCCAACAACAAAAAUCUGAUCCAAAUCACUCUGAACACCAUGAUCACGCAAUUUUCUUAACCAGGCAAGACUUCGGACCUGCUGGAAUGCAAGGAUAUGCUCCAGUCACAGGCAUGUGUCACCCGGUGAGAAGCUGUACCCUGAAUCACGAGGAUGGUUUUUCAUCUGCCUUUGUAGUAGCACAUGAAACCGGCCAUGUGUUGGGGAUGGAACACGAUGGACAGGGCAACAGGUGCGGCGAUGAGACGGCUAUGGGAAGUGUCAUGGCUCCGUUGGUGCAAGCCGCAUUUCAUCGUUACCACUGGUCCCGGUGUAGCGGCCAAGAACUGAAAAGAUACAUACAUUCCUAUGACUGUCUCCUUGAUGACCCAUUUGAACAUGACUGGCCCAAACUCCCAGAACUUCCUGGAAUCAAUUAUUCUAUGGAUGAGCAGUGUCGUUUUGACUUUGGAGUUGGUUAUAAAAUGUGCACUGCGUUCCGAACGUUUGACCCAUGUAAACAGCUUUGGUGUAGCCAUCCUGAUAAUCCCUACUUUUGUAAGACUAAAAAAGGGCCCCCACUUGAUGGAACCGAAUGUGCUGCUGGGAAAUGGUGCUAUAAAGGCCAUUGCAUGUGGAAGAAUGCUAAUCAGCAGAAACAAGAUGGUAACUGGGGAUCCUGGACCAAAUUUGGCUCCUGUUCCCGGACAUGUGGAACUGGUGUGCGCUUCAGAACACGCCAGUGCAAUAAUCCAACGCCCAUCAAUGGUGGUCAGGAUUGUCCUGGCGUUAAUUUUGAGUACCAGCUUUGUAAUACAGAAGAAUGCCAAAAACACUUUGAGGACUUCAGAGCCCAGCAGUGCCAGCAGCGUAACUCCCACUUUGAAUACCAGAAUACCAAACACCACUGGUUGCCAUAUGAACAUCCCGACUCCAAGAAAAGAUGCCACCUGUACUGUCAAUCCAAAGAGACUGGAGAUGUUGCUUAUAUGAAACAGCUGGUGCACGACGGAACACGCUGCUCCUACAAAGACCCAUAUAGCAUAUGUGUGCGCGGAGAGUGUGUGAAAGUGGGCUGUGAUAAAGAAAUCGGUUCUAACAAGGUUGAGGAUAAGUGUGGUGUCUGUGGAGGAGAUAAUUCCCAUUGUCGAACUGUAAAGGGGACAUUUACCAGGACACCCAGGAAGCUUGGGAAAAAUUUAAGCAAGAGAUGCCAUAAAGAACUCAAGUUGCUGGAAAAUGAAAUCUGGAAGACAAGAGGAGCCUUCACUUUACCCAAAGGAGCCCGUAGUGUUUCUCUUGCUGAAACAAGGGAAGCUAAAAAUGUAUUGGGGUACCUUAAGAUGUUUGAUAUACCCCCUGGUGCUAGACAUGUGUUAAUCCAAGAAGACGAGGCUUCUCCUCAUGUUCUUGCAAUUAAGAAUCAGGCUACAGGCCACUAUAUUUUAAAUGGCAAAGGAGAGGAAGCCAAGUCAAAGACCUUCAUAGAUCUUGGUGUGGAAUGGGAUUAUAACAUUGAAGAUGACAUUGAAACUCUUCACACCGAUGGACCUUUACAUGAUCCUGUUAUUGUUUUGAUUAUCCCUCAGGAGAACGAUACCCGCUCUAGCCUGACAUAUAAGUACAUCAUCCAUGAGGACUCCGCACCUACAAUCAACAGCAACAAUGUCAUCCAGGAAGAAUUGGAUACUUUUGAGUGGGCAUUGAAGAGCUGGUCUCAGUGUUCCAAACCCUGUGGAGGAGGUUUUCAGUACACUAAAUACGGAUGCCGUAGGAAAAGUGAUAACAAAAUGGUUCAUCGAAGCUUCUGUGAGGUCAACAAAAAGCCAAAACCUAUUAGAAGAAUGUGCAAUAUUCAGGAGUGCACACAUCCACUCUGGGCGGCGGAAGAGUGGGAGCAUUGCACCAAAACCUGCGGCGCCUCCGGCUACCAGCUCCGCACCGUGCGCUGCUUGCAGCCGCUCCACGACGGCACCAACCGCUCCGUGAACAGCAAGUACUGCCCCGGCGAGCGGCCCGAGAGCCGCCGGCCCUGCAACAGACUGCCCUGCCCGGCCCAGUGGAAGACGGGGCCCUGGAACGAGUGUUCAGUGACCUGCGGUGAGGGAACAGAGGUGAGGCAGGUCCUCUGCAGGGCCGGUGACCACUGCGACGGGGAGAAGCCUGAGUCUGUCCGAGCUUGUCAGCUGCCUCCUUGUAAUGAUGAGCCAUGUUUGGGAGAUAAGUCCAUAUUCUGUCAAAUGGAGGUGCUGGCACGAUACUGCUCCAUACCAGGUUAUAACAGGUUAUGCUGUGAGUCCUGUAGUAAGCGCAGUAGCACCCUGCCACCGCCGUACCUUUCAGAAGCUGCUGAAAUUCAUGAUGAUGCUAUCUUUAACCCCAGUGACCUCCCUGGAUCUCUAGUGAUGCCUACAUCUUUGGUUCCGUACUAUUCGGAGACCUCUGCUGAAAAGAAGAAAUCUUUGAGCAGAAUCUCUUCCAUAGCAGGUCCAAAUGAGCAUGCUGCUUUCAGGCCAAACAGUAAAUCCAAUGGUGCUAACUUAUCCCAGAGGCAAGCACAGCCAGCAGAAGAUAAAACUCUGGGACCGGCCUCCCCACCCACCAAGAGUGGCCACCUCAGUUCAUCUCCACAACUGGCUGCUGCCCCCUUCCUUGCAGCCAGUGAUUCCAUAGGUGCUUCUUCUCAGGCAAGAACCUCAAAGAAAGAUGAAAAGCUUAUUGACAAGAGACGUCCGCUAAGAUCAUCCACGUCGGAAAGAUGAGCAAGUGAAGCCAAAAGGCUCGACGUCAGUGAAAAAUCUAGAGGACCUGCCUCUCUCCAUGGUGCAUACAGCUUGUUUAAAGUGGAACUCUCCAUAAAUCAUCAGCUCAUUUUCUCUGUGAGUGGAAGAAAAAAAAGUGCUGGUUCACUUUCUAGUUGCUUUCGUCCUCCUUUUGUUCUGCCUCGACUCAUUUACCAGAAUUCAUUGAAAGAAAGCACCAAAGAUUAUUGACCGGAGGAAAGUAAGUUGCUAGAUGUGUGGGUCAUUUUCUAAAGCAGGAAAGGGACUGGAACCAAUUGUGCAUAUCAGCUGAUUUCUUUUUUAAUUUUAAAAAAUUACAGUAAAAAGAAAAAAGAGGUGCCAAUGGUUUACACGUUAACAAAAAGUUUUGGAGCAAAGAAUUCUUAGACUUGUAUUCCUAUUUAUCUAUAUUAGAAAUAUUGUAUGAGCAAAUUUGCAGCUGUUUGUGUAAAUACUGUAUAUUGCAGAAAUCAGUAUUAUUUUAAGAGAUGUCUCAACUGAUUGUUUACUGUGUUACAUUUCUGGAUGUUCUAGGUGCCUGUCAUUGAGUAUUGCCUUAUUUGACAUUGUAUGAGUUGAUUUUCAAAGGAGAAUAUUACAAAGAAGUUAGAAUCGCAGCUACUGACAAUACAAAGGGUUGCGUUGUGAGGUUUUGUUUGAUCAACAAUGUGACAUGUAAAUUAAAGAAAAAGAAUAGAUAAGCUGCAGAUACUACCUUCCAUCCUUUAAAUAAAGAAGAAUAAGAUUAGUGUCUUAGCAUACUUGUAGUCACAGGGAACAGAGACCAGUAAAUGAGCCCAUGCAAGACAAAACAGAAACCCUUUAACCGGGGCUUCAAUAGACACCGUUGAUUUUCCUCUGUUCUUUUGUUGUUUUAAAUCGUCCCAUUGUUGACAUAUACAAAUGUGUAUACUCGAUGUACUGUAAUAAUAAUGACAAAUGUUCUGAGAUCAUUUGUAUGUUGGUAGCUGAGAAAAGCAUCAUGAAACUAGAUUAACACUCAAAUAGAGCAGGGCUGUAGGGCUCUAGAAGCAGGUUCAAGAAAGUAUUUGUCAAUGGUUGCGAUAUUUAUUUUCCGCAUGGUUCAUAUUCACAUGCUCACAACCACAAUGCAUCUGACUGCAAUAAUGUGCUAGUAAUUUAUGUCAGUGAUCACUUUACUUACAGUGAAGCCAGAAAUUCCAGGGAGUAGAUGUAAAGUAUCUGUAUAUAGAAUUCAGAACUGAAGAUAUUUAUUAAAAUUUGAUUUUUUUUCUUGAUAGUAUUUUUAUGUACUAAAUAUUUACUCUAAUACCAAUGACAUAUUUUGGUAAACUAGAGAGACAUAACUAGAGCUGCAUGCUUUGUUCUGUACAUAGAGGAGAAGUUUAAGCAAACUAAAGCAGCCAAAUCAAAGAACUAAAUUUGAACAAAAUUGAUGUUAUGCAAACCUUUUGCAAUUUUAGAGGAGUUGAUGCAAAGUUGGUAACUUGUUCCCCUUCAACGAAACAUAAAAUUGUAUGGGCUCAGACAGCUAGCUGUUUAAUGAAAUAUUAAAUUAGGAACAUCAGAAAAGAAGUAUGUGAAAGAAAUGAGUAUUUCGUGAAUUACACUUAAAAGGAAAAAGAAAGAUAAAAGUUGUCAGCAUAAUGAUUUUGAAGUCAGUUCCUGAACCAUCUAAAAAUACAGUUUGCAAACUAAAAUGAAAAUAUGUUAACCUCUCAACACAGGGAAUGUGCAAAAACUUUUUGCAUUUUAACCAUGGUAAAAAUAACAGCUUCACCUAUUGACUCUAUACCUCUAAAGAAUCGCUGCUACUUGGUGCAAGACUUUUGAAGGGCAAAUGAAUUAGGUGAAUUCCAGAUUGUAAAUCUCUGAGCCUCAAGCAGAGUCUUUUUUUUUCCCCCUAAAAUUUCAGAAUGAAAUUCUCUCUAGUUCGCUUGCGUGUGCAUGCAUCUAAUCCACAGGGGAUUACAAAGAAAGCUGGUCACACACAUACACCUCUCAUAAAGAUGUAUAUAUUCAUUGUACUUCUGAUCUUUGAGCUUCCUUUUCUACUAAGCUAAAAAUUCCUUUUUAUCAAAGUGUACACUACUGAUGCUGAUUGUUGUAUUGGGAGCACGUAGCAAUAAAAAUGUUAACAAAGUAUA